CGUGUUAAUUUUUCGAAUUUGUGUUUGUUUGGUUUCUUCUAGUCCGCAGUUUACCUCUACUGUCGUCAGCAAAGAUUUACUGAGUUACCAGUAUCCUGCAUCCUCUUGGUAAAUAAAAUAAUGUCUCUGGUGCAAGUUAAGGAAGAGUAUGAAGAUAUAUUUGAGGAUGUAUACUGCAAAGUGGAACCAGGGUUAGAUGAGGAUACGGAGCGAAUCGAAUUGUACGCUGACCAUGAAGUGAAGGAUGAGCUCGUGCUUGGCCCGGAGACAAUGUUCCCUGCAGACAAGGCCCGUGCGGCACAAGUUGCCCUGGCAAUGGAAGGUAUGAAGGAUUCAUUCCCAGGAAAAACCAACCUUGAACUGGACCUGCCUUCAAAAUCUGCUGAAAAACAAAUUGAACUAAAAGACUGUUUUGUGCGACUUCAACGCUUUCCCUUUACACCUCUUCAUAAUGUCAACAGAGAUUUUGAGUCCAGACAAAGACUUUCCCAAAGUGAUAAAAAAAUAAAUAAACCAAGAAAAAACACAAAAACUGCAAAAGUGAAUAAAUCCAAAGUGUACAUUUGUGAUACAUGUACAAAAACGUUCCGGUCAAGACAUGCAUUUCGCAAACACUUGCGUAUACAUGAUAAGACUUACGCUUGUAAUAUAUGUGAAAGAAAGUUUGCUUCAACAAAAUACCUAAUAAGACAUGAAUUGGUGCAUUCAGAGCGGCGUUUUUUUUGCAAAGUGUGUAACAAGCGCUUUACAAUGAAGAAUAGUUUAAUAAGACAUGAAUUAACUGUACACGAAGCGGAGAAGAUGUCUUGUGAUGUAUGCGGUAAAAAAUUCACGUGGAAAAACAGUUUGAUCAGGCAUAGACUGCUACACAGCGGGGAAGAACCAUACCACUGCAAAGUAUGUAACAUGCGUUUCAGAUACAAGCCAGCAUUAGUUGUUCAUAUGAAACAACACAAUGGUGAGAUGUUAUACUCCUGCCAAAUAUGCGACAAGACGUUUUUAUCUGAAUACAAUUUAAGCCGCCAUAAUUUGAUACACACUGCAAAUGAGAAGUGCCGGAAAUGUGGCAAAAAGUUUUUAAAUCCUUCAUCUUUACACAAUCAUGAAAUUAAUCAACACAACAACAACACCAGAGAAGAAACAUUUCAAUGUGAUACCUGUAAAAAAACAUUUACCACUAGGAAUAAUUUGAAAAAGCAUUUGUCAACGCAUUUGGAGGUCCGACCUCGUCCUUUUUCUUGCAAUACGUGUAAUAAAUGUUUCUUUAGUAAAAAUACGUUAACUAAGCAUGAGCUUAUUCACACAGAUGAAAAAAAAUUCGUUUGCGAUAUUUGUCAAAAAGCGUUCAAGUGCCAACAAUAUUUAAAUCAUCAUUCCCGAAUUCACGAUGGAGUUGGAAAAGUAAAACGUCACAGUUGUGAAAUAUGUGGAGCCAACUUUAUACGGAUAUCACAUUUAAGGAUACAUCGGAUGAUACAUACUGGGGACAAACCAUAUAGUUGUGAAGUAUGUAAACAGUCCUUCAGACACGACUCCACGUUAAAGGUUCAUAUGAGAACACACACUGGUGAAAAGCCUUACCAAUGCGCAGUAUGUAAGAAACGAUUUGCGGCGAAUAGUAAAUAUAAUGCGCAUAAGCGAGAAGCACAUAAGAAACGCGACUUUAAAAUGAAAUAAAUAUCAUAUACACUGUCGGCCUGAAUAACGCGAAAGAUUUUAACUACGCAUUUUUAAUGUAAAACAAGCAAAAAAUGUUACAUGACUUUUGUAAUUAGUGGGAAAAAAUAUUUGAGCUAUUUUUUACAUUAAUUUACAUGGGCUUUAAUAUGUCAUAAUCAAAAAAUAAAGUUUUGGACUUAU